CGCAAACCCAUCGCUUUGACUGCCAACCGCGGCGGCCAAGAAAAAAAAAACGAACCGCUUCGAGAAGCCUCCUCCCGUCCCCUUCGACCCUUUCUCGCGAAGCAAUCCACAGAGUCCAUCUCCGGCCAGAUCCGGAGUUCCGGACCCCACCUCUCCCCCCGAACAAGCCCUAGCAUGCCCCGCCGCCGACGACGAUGAGGUCGCUCCGCCGGGUCCUCGUCCCGCUCGUCCUCCUCGUGGGGCUCGCCUUCCGCGUGGACGACGGCGGCGCCGCGCACCUCCCGCCGCACCACCCGCCCCCGCCCCCCGCGCUCCCCGGGCCGCCGUCCCGCCUCGCGCUCCCUGGAGUAGCUGGUCCGGAGGACGAUGGGGCCGCCGCGGCGUCGCGCUCCACGGAGAUCGCCGCCGCGGGGGCGCGCUCCACCGAGGUCGUCGCGCCGGCGGCGCCGAAGAAGCAGAGUCUCCGUGAGCUCUUCGUCGUGCCGAAGCCCCCGCGCCACGAGCCGGCUCGCGCGGUGAGCGGCGAGGCGGAGGCCGAACCCCGCUCCGUGCUUCAGUUUUACGACAACGGCACAAUUCAGCUUGUGGACCGGUCGUCACAGUCUCCUCUCUGGGAGAUCUCCACAGGGCCUCCACUUUCAGAUCAUAUUACUACCGCCGAGUCUGGUCUGAAUUACCUCAUAUAUCCUUUGAACGGGAAUGAGAACAUGAAUGGGAAUGGGACUGAACUUUGGGAAGUUUAUAAUGGGAACAACGUGAUGCUUCCGUGGAAACUGGAGGAAUUUGUUGCCAGAAGUCCAUACAUACGGGAUUCUGUUGUUACUGUUGGAUCAAAAGCUUCAACCGUUUUUGUAGUUGAUGCUGACAAUGGUGAGAUUAUUUACAAGCGCAGCAUUCCAGCUCCCUUGAAUGAAUUGGAAGGACCAGGGGUUGAAGGAGCACCACCCAAGUUAAAUGCUCGAACUAGUGAUGACAGUGAUAAUAUCAUAGUGGUUGUGAGAACUGACUAUUCUCUAAGUGCAUCAGAUCUUGGCAAGCAUUUAUUUAACUGGACGAGAACUUCUUUCACUGCAAAUUACUAUAUGAAAUACAGCCACCCUGACAUGCUUGAUCAGUCAUCCUGCCUGCGAGGAGAUAUUCCGUGCAUUAGAACUGAGGGUUUGCCACUUGCUUUACCUGAUUCAGAUUCAGCUAAUGCAAUUAUUUUGAGAGAUGAGACCCCAAUAAUCUCCAGGGAUGGUACUGAUACUCUGAAAUCACUUCAAACCUCAAGGAAGCUACCAAAAGUUUCUGGCAAGUCAAACUUUGUCUUGGAUGAUGCUCAAAAUCAAACCCAUGAUGAUGCUCGAUCUCAUUUCAUCUCUCCUGAUCCUAAAGCUACCAACAUGCCCACUAGGAACACUUAUAGAUGGUUUUUCCCCCUGUUCCCCAUAUUUCUGGUCAUAGGUUAUCUGUUCAGCUUGAUGUCUGCAAACAAGACAUGUAGGCAGUUCGUUAUUCAGCUUAUGAGGCCAUUCAUGCGUGAAAAGAAACCGGUUGACAUUAGAGGCAGGUCAGAGGGAACUCCUAAUAAGAGAAGAAAAACACGGAAGAAAGAUGGGCUUGUCAAUGGCCAUGAGACAUUAUCAGCAUCUGACAAGGAGAGCAAUGAAACUGGUGGGUCAAUGGAGGCACCAGUUAGGGAAAAUUCUGCAGUAACAGAUAAGGGGAUUACAGGUGGCCUUGAUGGUCGUCAGAUUGGUAAACUCUUUGUGUCCAAUAAAGAAAUUGGUAGAGGGAGCAAUGGCACAGUUGUUUUUGAAGGAUCUUAUGAUGGUCGUCAAGUUGCUGUGAAACGUCUACUGCAUUCCCACAAUGAUAUAGCUGAAAAGGAGACUCAGAAUCUUAUUAUAUCUGACCGGGAUCCUAAUAUUGUCAGACUAUAUGGUUGUGAGCAUGACAACGAUUUUGUUUAUAUCUCCCUUGAGAGGUGCCAGUGCAGCUUGGCUGAUCUAAUCCAAAAACAGUCCUCAUUAUCUUCCGGAGAAUCUAUUGCUAAUAUUGAAGUUAGUAUCAGCAUCAAGUCAAAGUUUUCAAAUGUGAAAGGAGUAGACGUGGAGUUGUGGAUGCAGGAUGGGCUUCCUUCGGCACAACUCCUAAAGCUGAUGAGAGAUGUAGUUGCUGGUCUUGCACAUUUGCAUAACUUGGGAAUUAUACACCGUGAUUUGAAGCCUCAGAAUGUCUUAAUAAGCGCAGAUGGACCUAUUAGAGCAAAGCUUUCUGAUAUGGGUAUCAGUAAGCGCCUGCAAGAUGACAUGACUUCUGUUAGCCAUCAUGGCACAGGAAUUGGAAGCUCUGGCUGGCAAGCACCUGAACAGCUUUGUCAUGGUCGUCAAACUCGCGCAAUGGAUCUGUUUAGUUUGGGCUGCCUUAUUUUCUAUUGUAUCACUAAAGGGAAGCAUCCUUUUGGUGAGUACUAUGAACGGGAUAGGAACAUUGUAAACAAUUGUUUUGAUCUUUUUGUGGUGGACUACAUACCAGAAGCAGUACAUCUUAUUUCUCAAUUGUUACAUCCAAAUCCAGAGAUGAGACCAACGGCAGUAUAUGUGAUGCAUCAUCCUCUAUUCUGGAGCCCUGAAUUGCGCCUUUCGUUUCUAAGGGAUACCAGUGACAGAAUUGAGAAAACCAGUGAAACUGACCUCAUAAAUGCCCUGGAAGGCGUAGGACCUGUGGCGUUUGGUGGAAAAUGGGGAGAUAAAUUCGAUGCUGCUUUGGUUACAGACAUGGGGCGUUAUAGAAAAUAUAACUUUGAGUCCAUUCGUGAUCUUCUGAGGUAUAUCAGAAAUAAAUCAGGCCAUUACAGAGAACUUUCAGAUGAUGUCAAGAUUUCCACCAUCUCAACCGCAGGCCAAAGAACAUGCAAGAGACAGAAGGUUGUAAAUGAAUAAUGGAGAGAAUUUGUAUAAUGAAGGAUAAACUAUUAGGUGAACAAACUAUGGUGAAUUAGCUUGCUUUGAAAUGCCAUUUUAACUAUGUUUAGUACAUUUCUGAUUUCUUCAUGGUAGUUAUCCCAUCCUAUUUUCUGCCUAGAAAUGUUUUGCUUUGCAUAAGUGAAUGUAUAGAAUAGGUAGUGCAAAGGUUCAGUUGUAAAGUACAAAAUCUAGAUUUAUGUUGCCAGUGUUAUUAAAAUUUGGAGAAGGAAAUACUAGUUCUGUCAUACCUAAGUAUGGUACAUUGACACCUACAUUCAUCAUACAAGGGAGCUAAACCCAAGGUUGAACCUGAUAAAUUACAUAUUUUUCUUGGUAUUUUAAACUUCACUUACAUGGCAUUACACAUAGAUCUGAAGUAGCCUGCCAGAGGUGGCAAGAUGUUUGACUAUCAUCAGUUUUAUGAUAGGAGGGCACUGCUUUAGGGAUUUUGUAUGAAUUAAGAAUACUAGGC